CAGAGAGGCUUGUCGAAUUAUACUUUUUGACGCUUCCGAUUAAAAUAAUACCGUAGUUAAUACCCUACGUCUCAUAAUACAGUCAAACAAAUACAAUUAAAUUGCGAAAUGCGGUGUGACAUGACCAAGCAUGAAACCUUGGUCUAUAUCCUAUAACGUUUUUAAAUGCUUAAAACGAUGAAAACACACAUUUUUGAAAGUGACUAACGUGUAUGAAAUAAUAAUCGUUCUUAAGUAAAUUGAGAAAAUCAACAAAUAGAACCUUUACUUACAAAUAUAUAUCAAACACACUAGUUUACAAACAAACCAUUUAAAUCUCAUACUUUUAUGUAAACACAAACAUAUAUAUAUAUAUAUAUAUAUAUAUAUUUGUUUUUUGUCAUCAAGGUAUAUAAAAAAAUUGUUAAUCAAACGUAUGUUAAUAACAAUUUUAAAGUUGACUAAACACAUAGCUAAAUUAGUUGGAGUUUUUUUGUUCUAAAAAAUUGGAGUUUUAUUCAUUUUGGAUGCAAGCAAAAGAGUUAAAUACAUUUUUUUGGGUUUUAUUAGUAAGUUAUUCAUGUAUUGUUUACUACAUUUUCCUUAAUUUAUUCCUAACAAAUGGAGAAUACGCACAUAUAUAAUCUCUAUGGUGCGCACGGCCCGAAGCUCUUCUAACGUACGCAUUAAUACCCGGCCGAAAGACGAUCACCACUCUCACAAGCAAAAAAUAUUUUCCCAGCGAUACGUUUUCAGUCUCCUCUCUGCUUUACUUUUAUUCGUUUUUCUUUAAUUCAUUUCUGAUUAAACACUAAACGUUUCAUCUUUUUCAAACCUAUUUGAAAAAAAAAAAUCCAAUGCCGGCGAAUCACCACCGUUUGAUCUUACUCUUCCUCCUAACUUUCGAAACAGCGCGGCGUUCAGCUUCCGGAGACCCAAACGACGAGGCGUGCCUCGCGAAUCUCCAUCAAAGCUUAGAAGAUCCGGCGAACAAUCUCCACAACUGGACAAAACCCUUCUUCUCCAACCCCUGCCCCGGCUUCGACUCCUACCUCCACGGCGUCACCUGCAACAACGGCAGAGUCUACAAACUCUCCCUAACCAACCUCUCCCUCCGCGGCUCCAUCUCCCCGUUCCUCUCCAACUGCACCAACCUCCAGUCCCUCGAUCUCUCCUCCAACCAGAUCUCCGGCGAGAUCCCGCCGGCGAUCCAGUCCUUAUCCAACCUCGCGGUCCUCAACCUCUCCUCCAACCGCCUCUCCGGCGAAAUCUCGCCGCAGCUCGCCCGGUGCUCGUUCCUCAACGUCAUCGAUCUCCACGGGAACGGACUCUCCGGCGUGAUCCCGCAGCAGCUCGGAACGCUCGCGAGGCUGUCGGCGUUCGACGUGUCGAAUAAUAAGUUGUCAGGUCAGAUUCCGGCGAACCUGGGGACGCGUAACGGAAACUCGCCGAGGUUCAAUUCGAGCUCGUUCGCCGGGAACGGGAAGCUGUAUGGGUAUCCGUUGGGGGAGAUGAAGAGCAAGGGGCUGUCGGUGAUGGCGAUCGUUGGGAUUGGGCUUGGGAGUGGAGUCGCGAGCUUGGUGGUUAGCUUCACGGGGGUGUGUAUAUGGUUGAAGGUCACGGAGAAGAAGAUGGAGGAAGAAGAAGGGAAGAUUAGUCACUCCAUGCCUGAUUACUAAUAAUCAUGUUAUUAUUAAUUGUGGUUUAAUUUCCUUUUAUUUAGUUUUUUUUUUUAAUCUUUUAAUUAACAAACAAAACGAAAGAUACUACAAAAUAGGGAAUUUAUAAUGCGAAUUUAAUGCUCUAAUCUUGUUCAUCUUUUGGAAUUACUGCUUGUAUUAGUUAACUUAUCUUAAAAGAAAUGUGAUUUGUAAUUAACAAAAAAAAAAG